AUGGCAUCAAUCUUCGAGGAUUUCAAAGAGGGCCAGAGAACCGGCUCUGGCCCUCGUCUAGCAGCUGCUCUAACCCCGGUCGCGCCCGCCGAGUUACCCAAUCGAUUGCUUGCAUUUUACUAUUUCUCGAAUGCUGCGCAUUUAUCCUCGGACCUUCGCUACGCUUUGUUUCAGGCCAAUGGCAUCAAGCUACCCAAGCAGGAGCAGAAUGGGUGGGUUGAUAUCUUCUCGGCAUAUUGGAAAGCAGUUGGGGAAAUCGCCAAGUUCGACGAGUCACCUUCUAAAGCCAGUUGGGUUAAAGUCUUCGAUGCUUGGAAAGAAGUGUCAAAUGCCCUUAUCCGAGGAUACUCAAAUUUUGGGCUUCAAGCCUGGACUGUGCCAUGUCUUUACGUUGUUGGAAAAUAUCUACGAACAUUUGCGAUAAGAGCAGAUGCUGAACUCUCUUCUCAAGGCUCUGUUACAUUUGGGGACCGCUUCCAAGAAGAUAUUGCCGCCGACUUUACUAAGAGCGCCAAGUUGGAAGAAGCAGCAUGGGUGAUUAACAGAAUGUUUACUCUGUGCCUGAGUGACAGGUCACCUAUCGAGGAAUCGCGAAAGUGGGGGAUCUAUAACAUGACAAACCUAUUGUUUAAAACGUAUUUCAAGAUCAAUUCCGUUGGUCUCACUAAAAAUUUACUUCGUGCUUUGAAUGCCUCAUCAGCGGACCUUCCCGGCCUUGAUGCCUUCCCUCGAUCCCACAUUGUUACUUUUAACUACUACGUUGGCGUCAUCAAUUUUCUGGAUGAGAAUUAUGAAGAGGCUGAAUCGCAUUUGGCGGACGCAUGGAAUAUGUGCCAUAAAGACUCGUUAAAAAACAGAGAGCUGAUUCUGACGUAUCUUGUACCCUGCCACAUUGUUACAACACAUACUUUGCCAAGCGAUAAACUUCUUGCAUCCUUUCCCCGAUUAGAGAAACUGUUUCGCCCGCUGUGUAACUGCAUCAGAAAUGGUGACCUCCGUGAGUUUGAUGCUGCCAUGUCAGCUGGAGAAGAAGAGUUUGUCAAGAGACGUAUCUAUCUACCACUUGAGAGAGGUCGUGAUAUUGCAUUGCGCAAUUUAUUCCGAAAGGUGUUUAUCGUUGGAGGAUUUGAAGAGUCCAAAGAUGGUCAAGCUCCAAUCCGGCGAACAAGAGUUCCAGUUGCUGAAUUCUCCGCGGCAUUGCGAAUUGGCACUCAUGCGAGUGAUAAAGUCCGUAUUGAUAUGGAUGAAGUGGAAUGCUUACUAUCCAAUCUCAUUUACAAGGGUCUGAUGAAAGGAUAUAUUGCCCGUGAACGCGGCAUGGUUGUCCUAAGCAAGGGUGGCACCGCAUUUCCGGGAACAGGGGUUUGA